UUGAGUUUCAGAGUACAGGAGACGGAGUGCUCCUACUGGAGGAGAAGACGUGGUGUGCUUCUCCAUCUGAGGUCUUGUUUGGUUGGUGUUAUGAGACCCGACGUGGCCGGGUGUGUUUGUCUGUGUUUGUUUUGUGUGUUUGUGUUUUCGUCUUUGGGUUGCUAGAAUUUGAAAUGGGGCAAACUAUAACCACACCAUUAUCUCUGACUCUGGAUCAUUGGGGCGACGUUAGAGCUAGAGGACAUGAUUUGUCAGUGACUGUUAGAAAAGGACCCUGGCAGACGUUUUGUACAUCAGAGUGGCCCACUUUUGAUGUAGGAUGGCCCCCAGAGGGGACAUUUGAUUUACUAACUAUCAGAGCCGUUAAGGCCAUUGUGUUUCAGGAAGGCCCAGGGUCCCAUCCAGACCAGCAACCCUAUAUCCUUGUGUGGGAAGAUUUGACCCGUUACCCGCCUCCCUGGGCAAAGCCCUGGAUCACACGUCGACCACCCAACUCCAAGGUUUUGACAAUUCGAGAAGAAGCAGAGAAGAAGAAUAAAUCGAAACCAUCAAAAGAAGAAGCCAGUACUCUGCCUAAACCUAUACCCAAGAUAUAUCCUGAAAUUGAGGAACCCCCUGAGUGGCCCUCUUCUCCCACAGAGUGGCUUGCUCCUGCACCCGCUCCUGCUCCCCCUCCUUAUCCUCCCCAACCCCAACCUGCUCCCCAACCCUCUGUGCCUCCAGCUCCUGAAGCAAUGGGUGGUGGUCCUUCUACGGGGACUAGGAGUAGGAGGGGGGCCGUUUCAUCCUCAGACAGGCCAGACUCCACGGUGGCAUUGCUUCUUAGGGCCGUUGGGCCUGCCCCAGCUGACCCAACCCACUUACAGCUAUUACAGUAUUGGCCUUUCUCCUCCUCUGAUCUUUUAAAUUGGAAAACUCAUCAUCCUUCUUUCUCUGAGAAUCCCGCAGGGCUAACAAGCUUGAUAGAAUCAUUGAUGUAUUUGUAUCAGCCCACUUGGGAUGAUUGCCAGCAGCUUUUGCAGACUCUGUUCACCACAGAGGAGAGGGAGAGGAUAAUUUCAGAAGCCCGGAAGAAUGUCCGAAAUGAUGAAGGCCUCUUGGUUCAGGAUGAAGCUACUAUUGCUGAGAGAUUCCCGCAGAUUUGGCCCCAGUGGGACUAUCAUACGGCUGAAGGACCCUGAGGAUGGAAAGACUGGACAACUUACAUGGACGAGACUACCACAAGGAUUUAAGAACUCUCCUGCCCUCUUUAAUGAGGCCCUACACAGUGAUCUCGCCUCAUUUCGAGCCAAAAACCCCCAGGUGACUCUCUUGCAAUAUGUUGACGACAUCCUGGUAGCGGCAGAAACCCGCAGAGAAUGUCAAGAGGGGACUCAGAAGCUUAUGGCUGAGUUAGGUGAGUUGGGGUACCGGGCUUCUGCUAGGAAGGCACAGCUAUGCCAGACAGAGGUGACCUAUCUAGGGUACACUCUGAGAGAAGGACAGAGAUGGCUUACUGAAGCAAGGAAGCAAACGAUGAUGCAGAUCCUGACCCCAACCACCCCGGCAGGUGAGAGAGUUCCUGGGGACUGUGGGGUUUUGCAGACUUUGGAUCCCAGGGUUUGCUACCUUAGCAGCCCCACUUUAUCUGUUGACUAGAGGAAAGGGGGAGUUUGUCUGGAUAGAGGAA